AGCAAAUUUUUGUGCUUAGCAGCUCUAUGAAAUUUGGCCGAUUAAUUUUGUUAAACAGACGGGUCACAUGGUAUUGAUACUCUAUGUUCAUAGUUGACAUAGAGGGCGUGUGCAAAGCAGUCACAGAUGAAAUUGAGCUCAGCAUUCUCUGUUCUCUAAUUCUUUCAACUAAAUGUACUUGUAGUUAUUGAAAUGUUGAAAUAUUUUUGAAUUAUCGUAUAAAGUUGAAUUUACACUACUGUAUAUACAAAAGUUGUUUCUGUGUCACAAAAUGUGUUUUUCAAAAUAACCAUCUUGUUUGCCUUUUGUGCACUUACUAGUGGUUUUUUUUCUUUUAUGGGGCGAGCGUGCAUUACAAAAUGUCAAUAGAAUGUAGAUACGUGGGACUGUCCUAUAUUGACAAAUGACAAAUAUUCUGACAUGUAUAUUCCGAUAAAGUACUUGUGGUGUGGUCAGGAAACUGCUGUUGCGGUUGGAUAUUAUUUUAAGUUUAUUCGCCACAUUUGUUAUAAAAAUAAAAGUUUUUGUAUAUCUAGUAUAGUCAACUACUCACUUCCCUAUCAUCGCAGUCGAAACCAUUUAGCUAGAAAAUGCAGAUGAGAACAAUUUUAACAAGAACAAAUGAGAGCUGACAAGAGUGGUUGGUAGAAGUCAUGCUCAAAUUCAAACGUCAGGCCAUUAACUUUUUUGCAUUUAUACCGAGUCCUUUUGGUUGGUAAGCAUUCUGCAUAAGCUUAUUCUAGUUUCUCAAGAAGAACAAAAUAUGAAAUAAAAUGAAACUGAAUUACAUUUUGCUUUUGAGAAAAUAAUCAUUUUUGUUAAAUUCCAUGAAAUAUUUUAUAUGUAAUGACACUUGUUAAUAGGGGGUAUAAACAGACAAGAAGGCUAACUCAUUUCUUGUUUUCUUAAAUUAACAUCCAAAAUUGUUACAAUAGUGUUGAUAUCUCAUUUGGUUUUACCCUUACACAGUUGUGUAGCACUGAAUAUAGCACUGUAUAUAUAUAUACUCUCUGAAUAUAUUCUUCAAUCCUGAUCCAAACUUUAAUUUCUUAAAUAAUGUUGAAAUCGUUGUUUUGAAAAAUUACCACCUUAAAUCCAUUUUUAAUUAUACUAGUAAAUAGUUUGAAGAAUUAUGACAAAUAUUGUUUACCCAUGAAGGAGCCUCAAACUGGUAACCAAAUUCCUAGAAACAAAAGUGUUGAAAUAAUAUUUAAUAUUAUGUAUUUUUGUAUUUGUACAUUUUUAUCAACAAAUAUAUUUAAAUUAUCUUACUACCUGUAGCUUUUCAUUUCCAUAGUAAGUUUACAUUUUAUAUUUUGAAAAUUAUUUAUUUAUUUAACUAAACAACUAAUUUAAUUUGAGAAGCUACGACUUCAGACAGAUUAUGAGCUACGCUAUUAGUUCUACUGAAACUUAAUUUAAAGAUUGAAAUAUUUGUACUUUGAGAAUUCAUGUUGUCCUUCGUAAGGGAUGUAAAGGCGUUGGUCCUGUGUGUUGUGUAGUGCACGUAAAUAACAGUGCACUUAUCGGCUAGAGAAGGGGUUUGGCGGUGUGUUUACCAGUGGCUGCUGAAUGCACCACAUCACCUUGUAAACCCUUACAAGGUGUUUCAUGAAUGGGUCUCAGAAUUCAAACACUUCAAGAACCUGUCUAGAAAUAAAUGAUGAUAAGUGUUUUGCGACGCUUAUAUAAAGCGCUAUAUUAGAACUUAUUAUUUAUUUUUUAUUGUCAUGCACCUUCGUACAGAAUGAAUGCAUUAUUUGUUAUGUGUUUGAACUCAGCAAUGUCUAUGUAGAUGAAUAACAGUUUGUACAUCGCUUAAAUGUUGUGUUAAUGGCUCAAUUGAAAUACAAAUAUUGUUUGUUUGUUUAUUUAUUUAUUUGUUUAUUUAGGCCUAUUUUUUAUUGAUUUUUUAAUCUGCGGACAAUAAAAACAUCUUGACCAGGUGUCGUCCACAGAGUGCAAAUACUAAAAAAGAGAACUGUCCUAAAAUUCUGAAAACUUCAUUAUUAAAUUUUCUAAAACCAACACCCCAACGAACAACACAACACAACACCAGUCAGCCAACAGCAACACACACAACAACAGAACAAAAACACAACAAUCAAAUGCGCCCAAGAAAAAGACAUGUAGACAAAUAAAAAAAAAACAAUCAAACAAACACCCCGGCCACACAACAACAAAACAAACAAACAAACAAACAAACAGAACAGAACAGCAAGGACAGACGAGCAUACGUCAUAAAAUCAGACUGACAGUCAUAAUAAGAUUUGUAACUUGGGCCCCAUUUCACAAAGCUCCUCAAGGACAAAAAGUAGCUAAGCACAACAGAUAUGUGCUUACCAGCCAAACUACCAUGCCACGUGUACAAUUUCUGAUCGGUAUCCUGCUCAUUUGUGCUAAGUAGAAUUUGUCUACUUAAGUAGCUCUAUGAAAUUGAGCCAUGUAUUUGAUCUUCACAGCACUGUUAUCAACAAAUGACCUAUAAAUUGAAAGGUUGAACUCAACUGAAGUUCAUGCUCAACUUGGUUUCGGAGGUGUCACGUUUCACGCUGUGAAGCAAAUGUUGAUUUUGAAUUAGUUAUGCUUUGCUUGGUAGUUAUUUCCACAAUUUACAAUCCGGUUCUGUAAAAUUAUUUACAAACUAAAUUCUACUAUGCAGCUAAUAAUUUGAUAACAAAAAUUUGUAAGAUUUUUUUUUGUUUGGAUCCUGCUUUAGACCGUUACACUGACGGUCAUUAAUACAUUUUAGCUUGUGGCAGCCAUCUUGUGUUUUUCACAUUUGAAUCAGUGUAACCAAAGUGAGGCUAUGGGGCAAGUAGUCUGGUCCAUGUUUGGUCUAGAUUUGAAUCAGCAUGCAUUAUUAAUAAUGGUGACAGUGGUGUCAGAUGAUAUUAAUGUACUGUUUAUCUGGUUCAAUAAUGUGCAUGCAGGGAUGCGAAAUUCUGAACUUUUAUCAGAAUUCAGACUUUUUAAAGUCUGCCUGGUAUAUAAUUUGUUUUGGUGGUAUUACUUAGUGUUUUCAAAAUAAAAUAAGUUGUGCUCUUUCAUCUACUCCUCAGGGUUCUGGGUUCGUAUGAAAUAUCUAUUUAUAAACCAUUGAGACAAUUGCAUUUCUCUCGACAUCUUGGCAAUGAUAUAAUCUCAAAAGGAAACAGUUCACCAAUUGUGUAAAGUAUUACAAAUGCCCUGCAACCUCCUUUGAACUGCCCAAACAUUUCCACUUCCAAUUGAAAGCCAUCCAGGUGGAAAAUUCCUUUAUUCACAUUUAUAAUUUGACGUGACAACCAAAAACAGGAACAUUCCAGAGUGAAAUUACGCAUGGUUGAAUGGCAACAAGAGUUAAGCAGGUCAAGUAGAUAAAAAGAAAAGGUUAGCAAAGGACAAAAUGGUGAACCCAUGUCUGCGAUUCCAACAGUUGCCUUUAACUUUUCAUUGUGGUUUGUUUGGUCGUGAACUUUUAGACCGAGUCGCAUUUAUUUUUAGAGCGACUAGCUGCCAUUUUUGUUUUCAUUCAAACACGCGACCAGAAGGAUAUACCUUGCUGAUGCUUUCGAAGGUAGUUAAACCAUGACGGAUCCACCACUAAGAAGCCUCGGGAAGCUAGGAGCAUCGGAGGCUCCAGCCGCAGUGAAGAGCAGGACCUCCCCAUCACGUCGGCCUCGCCCUGCAUCUUACCACCAAGAACUAAGCUCAUCGUCAACCUCCUCCGGUAGCCCUAAAUCCUCAGGCGCCACUCGCAAGUCACCACUCAAGAGCCCUCAACGAGGAUGUGAGGCAACAGCGUCUCUGGCACUGAAGAUCCCACCGAGGGUUGACCGCACAUUUAGACGGUCAGGAUCCCCGGGGGCCAGGUCAAGCGCGUCUGGUAGCUCGAACGGGAGCUCAGACUCGCUGCCUUCGAGAAAAGCUACGGCUAUCCUAGCGAAGCUUGCGCGUAUGAGAGAGGAGAAGAAACUCCUCGAUAUAGCUCUUAUUUUCUAUGGAGGAGAGAUACAGUGUCAUAGGAUUAUCUUAGCUGCGAGCAGUCCUUAUUUCCGUGACAUGCUGGGCGUGAGAAGCCACCUGACUAAGCACGAGAGCAUUGAGAUGCGAGGAGUUGAUAUGGUUGUCGUGCGAGCUUUAGUCGACUAUGCGUACACAUCAACUUUGACGAUUGGGAAUGAUCGUAUUAAGACAAUGUUAGAAGCUGCUAAUAUGUUUCAGUUCCAGGGUGUUAUCGAUGCAUGUGUGAAUCAGAUGAAACGGUCCAGACGGCACACCAGGCAGCGGUCGGUCAGUGGGCAGCGGACUGAGAAUGGUCGUGGCGGUCGGAGCCCCUCCAGUUGGGGAAGUCCUCGAUCAGGUAGCCCUAGGAGUACCCCAGUUCAAAGCCCUCGCUCAAGCAGUCCUGUCACUUCCUCACCUCUGCUCUUCAGUCCAAAAGACCCUGUCAAUGGAUCAUCAAAGACACCUGACGCCAAGGCAAGAGAUGUUUAUAAGAUUCUGCAGGAUUCGCCACAAGGAGGAAGGAUUGUUGAUUCUCUCCAAGAAUUGAAAAGUAACGGUCUUCAGACAGGUCCAGAUGGAGCUCAGCGAAGGUACACCCGAAGUCACAGCACGGGAUCCGAAGGGUAUCGAAGUUCCGCAGGAAGCGACUCCUCCUUCGACAUAUCAUCUCAGUUUGUGUGGACCGAUUCAAGACAUCCAGCUCGAGCCGUCCGAGAAAUGGUCAGGCUCCGCCAAGAUGCCCGCAUCAUCGAUGUUGUCUUGAGGACUAAAAUCAAAGACUUUCCCUGUCACAGGGUCCUCCUUGAGGCAUCAAGUAACUAUCUCUCUCGCGUGAUCUCAAGAGAUAUUGACGGCACGAGCGUCAUGGAUGUCCAUCUCAAGAAAGUCUCUGCAGAUGUCUUGCAGAAACUGAUCCAAUAUAUGUACACAGGAAGGAUAGCCGUUUCGGAGCGUGAUGCGGGUCAGGUUUAUAAGAUCGCAAAGCGGUUCGGUCUGGAUGAAGUAUGUUUAGCAUGUGUUACUACUGACCCUAGCUUGGAGGCAGCUAGACCCGACGAUUCUGCACUAACUGACAGCUUCCUGUCCACUGCUACAAACUCGGGAAGUGUGGAGGACUUGCUGAAUCCAAAAGUCUGUGACCAAAGUGUCUCUCUUAAUACCACUAUUUAAUUCAGCUAAAACAUCCUGAACGUCAGGGGCCAAUUUCACAGAGCUGCUUAGGCACAUAAAAAAAAAGUUUACCAAAAUUUUACUUACCAGAAAAGAGUUACCAGCAAAAAUACCAUCUCUCAUGUUGCAUCUGUGACUGGUGUCUUGCUGAGUGUUGCUUAGCAGAAAUUUGUUUGCAAAAUGUUCUGCUUUGAAAGCAGCUUCAUGAAACUGGGCACAGAUCAACUGUUAAUGUGACAUCGUUAAUGUAUCUUUCAUUAAAGGUGAAAACACUAAGCAUGCUGUCUGGCUUCUAGAUUUUAAAAAUAAAGACACAAUUAUCUUGUUGAUUUAUAGAAAAAAAUGCUUCUCAUUUAAUGGACAGUUUUUAUCAAAUACAUUCGUAUCUCAAUGAGGAAAACAAAAAGUAAAAGUGGCACAAUCUCCUAUUUUCAAAAACUAGAAUCUGAUACAACUCAUCUCUUUUUGGCUUUCUCACAAUUUUUCAUCCUAACAAUUACAAUUAGUUAAUGAAUUUAAACUGCAUAAUUAUUUACUCAUUUACAAAAAUAUAUACAAAUUAUUCCUGUAUUUGCUCUAGGAAUAAAAAAUAAGUUAGCUAUAUUUCACAAAAUUUAUAGUUCUCUAGUUUGGUAUCGAAAUAUUGUACAAAAGUGUAAGUAACUAAAAUUAUCGGUAACUGUACAAACAAUCGUUGUAUCAUCUUGUAAAAAAGUUUGGCUGUAAGAAAGGUGUAAAGUGAAUAAUUAGCAAUUAAUAAUGAAUAAAUAAUUAAUAAUGACACAUCUCUGCUCUGCCUAAGAGAUCCAUCAAUUAUUAAAACUUGCUUGAGCAAUAGCAGAUCUUAUACAAAGUUGUGUGGUUGAAUCCCACCCAAGUAGUUAAUCUGUGUUUUUUUCUUCACAGGACUCGGAAAAGAGCGAGUAUACAGGGCUUAACACACUUUGGUGUAAAAGGAUAAAACCAAAUAACAUUUGUUUGGAAGAAAGUUCUGGUAAGCAGAGAAAAUACAUGCUUAGCAGAGACAAGAAACCAGCAAAAAUGCUAUGUAACGUAAUUCUGGUAGGUUUCCUAUUGCUUUUUGAUUAGCUUUUAGCGGUUCUGCUGGACAGGUCUUUGAAGCAAACCUAGAUUUGUGAACAAGCCGUAAAAUGUUUGUCGUUGUGGUAGCCCUAUCACAAGACUACCUUGAGCGCAGUACAAUUGCGUGAGAGCACGCAUCGCAGCAAACAUUUGACGACUUGGAGACCCUGUGGAAAGGCUUCUUCCAGUAACAUAACUAUCGCAAAGAUUUGCCGCUGACCAUGGAAACUUUGAGCCUGGAUUGUUGCAGUAAACUCAAGUUGGGCCCUAAUUGGACAGUAAAGAGUUUUGUAAAGGACCUGUUAGAUUGUAUUUAAGUCGUUUUAUUGAUGUUAUGGUGAUAACUUCAUGAAAGAGGAGAGUAUUGCAAAAAAUACUUGCUUGAUUUAAAGUCUAGUGGUCUGUUAUCACAGAUUACAGUUAUACUAUGCAAAUGUCAUGAAAGUGUUGAGCGAUAUUUUAUCAAUGACUAUAACAUGUCAUCUUGAACGUUUUUUGGUGGUAAAAAUUGACACAUAUAUUAAAAAUACAUAAUUUUAUCAUCUAAAAUGAUUUCAGGAAAAUAUGAUUUGUGCCAAAUAGUGUUUUAUGGCACAAGAAAAGUAUUAUCAAAUAUUUUUAUUUAUUUAAAGUGUUCGACAAGGAAAACAUGGGGUUUCACAGUAUGGCAAAAUUUGAGAAAACUAAACUGGUAAACUUGAAAGCAAUAGCUGCUAAGCAAAAAUAGACGGUAAGUCAAAUGCCACUAUCUGUAUAUUCAAAAUGUUGUGCUACGGAAAAUAAAUCGUUGGUAUUCAAAAGAGUAAAUUCAUUUCCAUCCUCUUAACAGUGGUAACUUUUUGCGGGAAAAACAAAAGAAGAAAACAAAGGCUAUUUGGAGGGAUUUUGUGCAUGUUCAUAAUGGGCUUGCUGUUUUCUUGACUUUAUGAGUAUUUUAAACCUAAUGUUUUUUCUUUGUAGUAAUGUUUAGGCUUAACAAUCCGUCAGCUUUCAGGUAAAACCUUAAUAACGACCAAUGUUGGCUGUUGUCUUUAACAGCUUCACAAAAUACAACUCGAAUGCUGCUUCAUUCAUCAAUAAAAUCCCAUGUAAUCUAGGUGAAGAAAACUAAAAACAAUUUUUCCCUGGAGAAAACGAAAUGCCAAGCUUCACAUGUUACUACUGAAUAAUGACCAAAAGUUUAGUUUAAAUUUUUUGUUUUAAUAUGUUCAAGUCUUGUUGAAUGGAGUUACUUUUCUUGUCUUACAAUUUUACCUUGUGGUAUUCAGUGUUUAAAAAAUGAUUAGGCACUUGAAAUUCCAUCUGAAACUGCGUCCAGUGAAGCAGCAUUAGAAUUAUUUGCUAUUAUUUUCAAAUGUAAGCAUUUGUUUUUGGAGGUUGCUAGACUAUCCUUUCUUGGGCUGUAAGGAAUUGAAACAAGCAUCUUCAUACCUUGGGAUUCACUCAGCAGGUUUCUGUUAGGUCGACUUUAUUUCUUCUUUUUCUGUUGAGAGUAAAA